GGUCCUUUGGACACUUCCAUAUGCAAAAAAAUAAAAAAAUUCUCCUCCCAGUAACAGGAUGCAGCGUUAGGAGUUACUAGGACCUAAGCCCUCUUCUAAUUCUCUCCAAAGAUUGUGCUGCUCUUUAUCUCAUGACCACAAUGAUCGCAGCUAGCUCCAUAGUGAACACCAACCUUCCUUGCUCGUCAAGGAUAUCCUCCUGCUCAGACUUCACAUCUGGUCAUUCUUGGCGUCCAUUAGAGGCUGCAAAACACCAUCGGAUGAAUGGUGUGCGCUCGCUGCGGAUAGCUUGUGCUGCUACUAAGCCUGCAAAAUCUCCAGCUGAAGAAGAAUGGAAGACCAAGCGGCAAGUCCUACUAGAGAAGCGGGUACGCAGUGUUGACGUGAAGGAAGCACUGCGCCUUCAAAAGGAAAAUAACUUUGUGAUUCUUGAUGUUAGACCAGAAGCAGACUUUAAAGAGGCUCAUCCACCUGGUGCUGUUAAUGUACAAAUAUACCGAUUAAUAAAGGAAUGGACAGCAUGGGAUAUUACAAGAAGGGCAGCAUUUGCAUUCUUUGGGAUAUUUGCUGGAACAGAAGAGAAUCCUGACUUCAUAAAAAGUGUUGAAGAAAAACUCGGUAAGGAUGAAAAGAUAAUUGUGGCAUGUUCAGCCGGAGGAACAAUGAAGCCAACACAGAAUCUACCUGAUGGGAAGCAAUCUAGGUCUCUGAUAGCAGCAUACCUGUUGGUCCUGAACGGUUACAAGAAUGUGUUCCAUCUGGAUGGAGGACUCUACGAAUGGUUCAAGGCAGAUUUACCAGCUGUUGAAGGGGAAGAGUAAGCAGGAAUGGCCCGUGACUUGUUAUAGCUUCUACGACACUGUUGUUGUUUUUUGUUCGUGCAUUGGAGUUUCGGACGAGUUAUAAUUAUGCGCUUUGCGUGCACUAGCUUUGAGAAUCUUAAUCUCCUUUCCUUAUCUUGCCGAUAUGAAUGGGUGCCAGACUUCUUGUGAGCUUUCAAAUGUGCAAUACACUUGGGUUAGAUA